AUGCAAGUUACCGCCGAAUUUACUCACUGCCCAGUGUGCAGCUUACCCUGCAGCAUGAGGUACUCGCAUUUUGGCGGGAUCUGCUGCCCAGCAUGUGCCUCAUUCUUCCGCCGGACCGUAUCCCUGAACAUCAGAUAUUUGUGCAAGAAGCAGAACAAUUGCUCGGGCAUCUCCAAAAAAUACCAUAUUGUGUGCAGAGCCUGCAGGUAUGAGAAAUGCAUUAAGAAGGCUGGCAUGAAGAGGAGUUUGGUGCAGCACAAGCAAAGCGACAAGAACGUGCCAAAGUACAUCUUGCUCAAUGAAGACAGGGAUGUCGAGUUUGUCAGAGGGUUCACAACAAGCUCACCAGUGCUGAAGGCUUCACCCGUGGCAUCUGAGGAUUUCAGCAAGAUUCUGAACAUUGGCAGUAGAGACUUGCUCAGUUACUACGUGAAGCAAGUAGAAAGCGUUGAGAAACAGAGAUUCAAGAACGCACUCCAAAUACAAUCUGUAAAUGAGCUAGUGACCUUGCAAAGAACUUCCACCGACUCCUGCCUUCACUGCCCUGGUGUUGAUAUCCUUGAUCGAGAAAGUGCGCAGGCCCUCAGAAAACACUUUCAGUUUGCGGAUGUUUGGCUGGACUCCGCUUGGGAGUUUUCAAAGUCUCCAGAACUCUUGUUUGCACUUGGAAGAAGCAACUUGAAUAAUUUGAACAGCUUGAACAACAUGAACAACACCAACCAAGAGCUAUCCGAAUUCAUCUCCCUAGUCAAGUCAACACUAGUCUCCCCACUCUCUCGCCUACGCCUAGACAUCACUGAAUUCGCAGCCUUCAAAGCUAUUGCCACCUGGAAGUUGAUCUACCACGAGACGAGCACAGCGAUGAAAAUUAUUGCCCAGGAGCAGUACGAAGGUGUUACUUUCGCUCUUAGAAGGAUUUACAAGACUUCAAGAUCCAUAGACGACAUUGAAAUUGCGGUUCGAAUCGGAGAUCUGACGUUGCUGGUCUCCGCGAUUUCUGAAAUCUACAAAGAAAUGGUUCGUCUCUACCGACAAAUGGGAGUCUGAAAGCUGGAAGAUGUAAAUAUUUAACUUAAUUUGGAAUUUUUAUUACCCAUAAAUAAUAAUGAAUCUCUGAUUUUUAAAAAUU